AUUUUUUUUCUAGUUACUUUUCAGUUUAUUUAAGUAUUUGUUCACAAUAGACGUAUGGAUUAGCUAGGUAUUAACAAAAAUAUGAAUUGGCAUUGUCUCCUCAGAUACAUGGAACCACUAGUACAACAUUGCCUUUCAAAUCAGGCUUUUUGGAUUUGCAAUGAAAAUCCAGGGUAUUUUAAACACUGGUUUCACCAUUUUUCGAAGGUUUUGGGACAUGUUGCUGACUAGCACCAAAAUUAAUGAGCAUAGGUCAACAUGUUCACGUUUUAAAACCUAUUAAUAUUUAGUGACAUUACAUAUUUUGUUAAUUUAUCAAUUUCCCCAAUUUUAUAAAAUGUCAAUUGAGAUUGACAUAAAUUUAGUGCAUCCUUGACCGCCAAUAUAAAACCACAAGUAUAUGUUGAACUUGAAUAUGCAGUCUUUCACGUCUGAAUUUACAAAAAAAGGAUUGCUAGAUAGCUGUUUGUAAAAAGUCACAAAAAGGUACUUUUCCGAAUAAAAUAAAAUAAAAUCGUAUUAGCAUAAGCCAGUCCUGUCGUCUAAAGAAACGCGUGAUGAGAUCCAAUUACACACAGUUCGAGGUUUGGUGUAAGGGAGGUAACUACGGAAAUUCCAAUUCCGAAUUUGUCGGGCAACUCCGACUGAAGCCAUGCCGUUGUGUACCAGUGAAUGCAAUGCGAAGGGCGUUCCGAUUGAAUUGAAUCAAAAUGGCGGAGAAGUUACCUUCUCAAACAAGGAAACCGCAAAAGAUUAGAGUUUGCACCGUCUGUAAAGAACAUGUCAAAGAUAAAAUGUAUCGGUCAUUGGUCUCCGAACCUUCCGAACCAUAUAGAAAGUAUAUUACUGAGAUUGGAAUUCCCGCAACAGGGCAUUUAUGUUAUCCCUGUGUUAGCAAAUUAAAUCGCCUAGUGAAAAUAGACAGGGACCUGUCAACCUUGUUGGACAAGCUCAAACAAAAAAGGGUUCAUCUGAUGUGUGAACUGAAGAUGCUGUCAACUGGGAUGGAUCACGUGGAUGCAAACUUUACUUCUAAUAUUCUUGGAAUGACGCCGAAACUGGAGUCACCUCCCCCUAAGAAAAAGAAAGAUGAGGAUGAAAUAUCAACAGCACAUUUUUCACGAAUUCUUCCCAAAAAGCAGCCAGUAUUGGUCAUCCAGAAUCCCGUGCCUAAAUUACCACAAACUGUGGCACUUGGCAACGCACCCGUUAUAGUACAGGCAGUGCAGGGACCUGACUCUGGUUGUGUUCCACGCACCGGAAAAGCAAAGACUCAACAGGUUUCUCAUCUACCAUUACAACCAACAAGGCCUGGUGUUGGUUUGGUGUCACUUCUUGGAAAACAAAAAACUAGGCCGGUUACUCAUUCACCCACACAGCCAUCAAAGCCAGGUGUUAGUUCGGUGUUGCAUACUGGAAAGCCCGACACUCGUCAGGUUUCCCAUCAACCAUUACAACCGAUCACCUCAAUGAUAAGGGAACUGCCGAAAAUCUUACCUCGACCUUUCCAGGCCACUUUUGACUCGGGAAGCUCAGAGUCCGGAAGUGGUGAGAAUGGUGUCUCUCUGCCAUCAACAGCAGUGAGCAAUGUGAUUGUUCAGACAGGGGUUCCAGUUUCCUUCCACAUGUCAACAGUACCAAGUGGUGCGAUUGUUGAUCCUGGGACACAGGGUGCAGAGACAGCUGUGAGGGGAGCUUUGGUGGCGAGACUUGUUCAUGGAGGAUGCUCAGAUGUGGUGAAAGUCUUGAGCACGGAUGACCAGAGCGAUCAGCAAGGUCUUCCUCUCAUUAAAAACGAACCAGGUGACCAUUCUUUUGAAAAUAUGAACAGUUCACAAGAAUACAACAUGAGGGAGGAGGUUUGUUUAAAGAACGGGUUUGAGAGAAUUGUUACAGAGUCGGGUGAUGAAUAUAGCAUUGUGAAACAGGAAUUUUCAGAUUCUGAGUCGUCUGAUACUGAUGUACCAAUGUUUGGAAUUGAGAGUUCUGGAGGAACUGAUGGUGAUAAGUCGUUUCCCCAGAGCAUAGUCGUCAAGCCAGAGCCACAAGCUGGGCUUCACAUGUUGGAUGAACACGUCUCCACACACAAUGUGGCAAGUCAUCAAGAACAUGUGAAACAUGGUAGUGUUACAAGUGAUAGUGGUAUGUCAAUAUCCCAGAGUGUUACAAUCAAGCAGGAACCAAAUUCUAGUUUUGACACACCCGAGGAACAUGUUCCUGUAGGUUGUCUGGAUAAUUGUGAAAAACAUGGUAGUGUUACAAGUGAUAGUGGUGUGUCAAUAUCCCAGAGUGUUGUCAUCAAGCAGGAACCACACUCUGAUUUUGACCCACCCAAGGGACAUAUUUCCGCUGGUGAUUUGGAUAAUUGUAAUGAACGAGUAAAAUGUGAUAGUGAUGAAGUAGACACUGAUCUGUCGUCAUCUCAGUGUGAUGUCAGUAUCAAGAAAGAGCCACCAGACCACACUGACACUUUGAAAAAUGUUACAUGUGCUGAUAAUGUUGCUGACAUUUUUCCGGAAUCAGUUUCAGAACACUUUGUCAAAUAUGAGGUGACAUGACCACCAAUGUCAAGGCUGUUAGAUAAACAUCAGGGAUAUGAUCUUCGCUAACUUUUUGGGAAGCAAGCAUAUGUAGGGAUAUGUUGAGACUGGAUCUGAUACCGAUACUCAUCCCCAAGUCUGCAGCAAAUAUCAGUAAAUAAUUCCAAACUGGAAUUAAACGUUUCACAAUUUCAUGUUUAUGUUAUGGUUACAACUAGUGAGAAGACAUGUUCGAGGUGACUUGUAUUUCACUGAUAACAGGAACACUUUAAAGAGAGAGGCUUUUAUGCUUCGUUUUACAUCAUUGUAUUGAGUGUGUUAAAAUACAGUACUAAAAUCAAUCUGAAUUUUAGAAAAUAUUAUUUUAUUUUUUUAGAUUCCAACAUCUCCAAAAUUAAAAAAUAUCUCCAAAAUUGUCUGCCAAAUAAGGUUGGAAUGCCUGAAAAAUCCCUGAUAUGUGCCUGUGAAUAUCAACCUGUAUUUGCCCAGGCCAGGUAACACUAGGUCCCAGCUCAGUUUUUAAAAUAAUAGUAAGACCCAACAAGACAGUGGGGCAGGGGACCCAUAAGUGUUGCCUGCCCAUCUUCAAAGUUACCUGCCCACAUUCAGAGAUCAUAAAUCACAUCUUGAUACAGUUGAAAUAAUGUUAACAAUUACUUGAGAAUCUGCAAUGAGUUAUGAUAAAACUGAAUACAUAAGUAGGCUUAAAAGCAUUUGCCAGACAGUUGGGCAGGUAGAGGAAACUUCAUGCAGCCGGGCAGAAAAGUUACCAGCCACGGGCAGGUGCCCAGGCAGUUAUUUCGGACACUGCCCCAGCUCUUGUUUAGUUUGUUGUAAGAGAUGAACAAGUUGGAUGGGGUGGUCAGGCUUGGUGUUUUGGACGCUUCUCAUCUUGACCUAUGGCCUACUCGUCUAAGGCGCCACAGUUUACACGCCAGAAACAUAUGAUUGUGAGUUGAAUCCUGGUUCAUCCUUAUUAAGUUGCCAGGUUUGUCAGCACCAUACCCGUGCUUGUGAGUUUCACCAAAGUGGUAAACGUCUGAAACCUGCAUCACUUCGGGCUUUCUUCCCACAUUAAGCUGACACACCGUGAUAUAACUGGAAUACUGUUCAAGUGGUGUUAACCCAACUCACUCACUCUUAUCCCACUUUUAUGGGACGUUGCUCAUUAUGUCAAUUACUAGUUGGUCUGAUUAUUUACCUUCCUUUAUGAUGUGGCUGCUCCAUAAAACAACAGCUGAGCAGCUUGUUUGUUUGUUUGUUGUUUAACACCGCACUCAGCAAUAUUCCAGCUAUAUGACGGCGGUCUGUAAAUAGUUGAGUCUGGACCAGACAAUCCAGUGAUUGACAUCAUGAGCAUUAA